AUGGACAGCGACACACCACCACCCAUUCCACCCCGUCCUCCAGGAUGGGUGAGCAGUCCGCUCUCAAGCCCCGGGUCAUGUCCAGUGCUAUCAUCGCCGCAACCACAAUCUGUGAAUAACGAGACCCCUCCUCCCUUGCCUCCAAGACGACCAACAAACGAGGAACAACCACCAAUGGUUCUUGAAAGGCAUUCAAGACCGUACAGCUACGUACCGCCGUCUCGGGAAAGCUCCGGCUUAAGUCCUCCUCCUCUGCCACCACGCGUGACUCGCCGGCCUGUUUCGCAAAGGGAGCCGCAACCACAACCACAACCGCAGCCACAGUCCUCAUCACCGCAAUUUGAACCGUUCCGCCCACAGCAAUUCCAGGAACCAAAGUUUGAGUGUAAUCCACCGAGUCCGUUUCAGUCGCAAGCUGGAAAUCAGACUACGUCAGCGGACUUUGAGGCUUUCAGAGGACAAUAUGCGCCUUAUCAGCCGCAGCAGACCUUCCCGCCUCCUCCUCCUCCUCCUCCUCCUCCCCCUUCCUCAUCCUCAUCCCCACAACCCAUCCCCUACGAAAAAUGGACCCCCCUCUUCCAACCCACCGGCGCGCCCAAUCCCAUUUUUAUAGCCCUCAUGAAAUCCUUCUUUGAGAUGCUGGUAGCUCAGCAGACACCUGAAAUGAGGCCUGCUGCUACUGGCAAUGAAAAUGGAAAUGGAGAUGGCAACGGGAUGAUGGUAGUCAAUGGACAAAAGCUGUUGUUGAGUCCGGAAAAGUGUAGGAAACUCAACAAAACCCCCUGGUCAACCCUCCCCGCCAUGUCCUUCCCGGGGCUCCCCGACCCCUUCGCAGCCGUAACCCCCCUUGACAAAGCCGACUGGGAAUUCCGCUUGAUUCUCCAAGCAUUCGGCAUCCACCACCUCCCUAUUCCACGUCCUCGUCCUGCUUCCCCAAACCCCUCUCACCGUUCUACUUCUACAAACCCCCUCAUCCCCUCCUGGUUCAUCAACCUCCUGACCACUUCAUCCAUCGAAAUCCCCGAAAGCAUGCGCGUCCUCGGUAUCGGCCAAACUCCCUUUCUUACAGAGCAGGGAUUUAUCAAGUACAUGGCUUUGGAAACGGCAGGGGAGCCGGAUAGGGGGUUUGAGGGGGUGAAUGCUGCGUUGAGGUACUACGCUAGUUGUUCCGCGGGAGGAUCAGGAGGGGGACAAUGGGGAGGCCCAGGAGGAGGAGGAUCAGGAGAAGGAGGAAUAAAAUGGUGGAUGGAAAAACUAGGUCCGAUACCGAGGGACAUGUUUCCUGGUAGUUGUCCAAAGGAAAUCCAGAUGGCAGUGGAUGUCGGACAGGCAAAGCAUAGAAGGUUAUGCGAGGAGGCGGUGGCGGGGUCGAGGGCGUAUUGCGAGAUGGCGGCGGAGGGGAGGAGACAUGCGGUGGAGCUGACGGGGGAUUAUAGGACUGUGAGGGUUGAUGAGUGGGGGAAUCGGAUUUGGUGAGUUGGUUGUCUACACUUGGGAGGAAUGGGUGGGGGGCUACUGGUGUUGGUGUGAAGACUAAAUAGAAGUAGGAGUAACGGAGAGGAGGGGAGAGACGGAGGGAUGAUGUGUAAAGACACCUGAACAAGCCGACUAGGUACCUAUUAAUUUUGACUGUGGACGUUCCAAAACUGAGG